AUGAGGCAACAUAGGUGGUUGGAUGCGGUGAAGGAUUAUGAUCGUGAGAUCCUUUAUCACCCAUGGAAGGCCAAUAUGGUGGCUGAUGCUUUUAUCUGCAAAGCAGCUGCCACCCUGAUCAGAAACGUGUGUAUGAGGAUGACCGUGAUUACUCCGCUUCUGGAGCAGAUUCGGGAAGCACAUAUUGAGGAUAUGAAGGAGAAGCAUCGGAAGAGCAAGCAUAUAGUGGGUCAGAUUUUGAUGGAGGAUGCGCACAAGUCGAGGUUCUUUAUUCAUCCUGGUGCGACGAAAAUGUAUAAAGAUCUUCAUGCUGGUUAUUGGUGGUCCUACAUGAAGUGGGAUGUAACCUGGUAUUCUUGUUUAGAAAUGGGAAGAUAUCAUAACGGACUUCAUUACAAAGUUACCAUGGAUGGCGCACGGAGUGGAUUUGAUAUGGGUCAUCAUGGAUUGAUUGACCAAGAGCGCGCAUUUUAUCCCGAUCAGGGGAGUAUCUCUGCGGAGAAGAUGGAAGACAUCUACAUCCAGGAGGUUGUGGCACGAUAUUGGGUUCCGGUUUCAGUUGUUUCAGAUAGGGAUAUUCAGUUGUUUCAUGAGGUUGUGGCACGGUAUUGGGUUCCGGUUUCAGUUAUUUCAUGA